GAAGAGGGUUUAAUUCGCCCUAUGUUUAGUUUUACAGGCAACCUUACCAACAGAAUAUUCAUCGCUCCUGAUUAAACGCAAUCAAUUAAAUAUCUGAACUUGUAGUUAUGUAUGUUUUCUGUUAGGGUUAUAACAUAUUUCAUGGUUUCGAUCUGUAAGUCUUGACGAAUAAAGCCGGAUUUGUGUAGAGUGUGAGACCAUGACACUGCCUGGGAGGAUUUACUCUGAGUAAAAAUUGUUACAAGUAAAAAAAAAACAACUACUGAGAUAUUGGUCUGAAGUCCCCACUAUAGACUGUGUAUUUAAAGUUAACUAGGUAGGUACUGUAGUCCACCUGAUGUUAACUUACUGGAAGCAAAUAAUACAUGUGUGACAGCAGCAUACCAUCCUGUGGACACAAAUGAGCCAUACUACUCAGGAGACAGAGGGUCUUGACCCUGCCGUGCUGAGAGAUGAACUCUUGGAGGUAUGGAACCGGAAAGAUCUGCAGACGCUACGUUUGGCAGCCCUCCAGGGAUUUUCAAAGCUUUCCGAGCCUCUGGAGGCCUUGCUAACAAUCCUGGAGAGCUGUCCAGGCAAACAGAAGGGUCGGAGCCACACCCUCGGCCAUCACAUCCUCAUGGAAUUCCAGACAUGGUUAAAGGAACAUCCGCAGGUGACCCUGAACUCACUCUCAGAGCAACAAGCAAUGGCGCUCCAACAGCGGGCUCUGGGUUUGUUAACGGACGCCCAGGCUAGCUUUGUAGAUAGUCUCAUGAACAUCUACCAGCUCAAGUCCCUGGAUCUGGCCGUACUUCGACUGCACAUUAUGAGGUUGCAGUCUCUUAACUGCUACAAAGAGGCAGCAGUGAUCAGCACAAAGCUGCAGUUACAAAAAGAACUGAAUAUGGAGGAGAUGUGUAUACCGCUAAUCUUGCAGAAUAAGUUUCAGUUGGCAGAGUCCUUUGUCACAGACCACAGUGAUCUAGAGAAACAACUGGUGACUCUGCUAGACUCGUGGUGCCAUCCCAGCUUCAAUGUGAACGACGUAAGGAGGCGGUUCCCUCACCUCUCUCUGUCCAGACAGUGCAUGGACCAGAUCCAGCCCAAAAUGCUCACCAAGCAAGUCUUCAGGCUCGUGGAGAAAUUCAACAUUGACCAAGGACUGUGUCCCAAUGCGCUGCACAAAAGGAGAUUGGACUCUUUGCGUUUCCUCAUGUACGCAAGAUUUGUGGAGAAAAGCAUGACAGAGCAGAACUGGUGUGACCAUGUACAGUAUGUAGUGGCAGAUGACCUUGAGCUACAGAUCCAGUUGGUGCAGAUGCUGGUGAAGCACUGUGGUCUUCGGAAAGCUGCUCAGUGGUCACUGAGAUACAACAUCCAUAGAUAUCGACUUCCGAGUGGGGUGUGGGAAACGCAGCAGAGUCUACCACCUCAUUUGAGACAGAUACAACUGAGUAAUUCAGCAGAAACUGAGGAGUGGAUACCAUCUCAGUCUCACUGUGAGAAGUUCUACCAGGUGCCACUCACCAGAGACAAGGUUCACUUUGUGGACACACCGGAAGCCCUCCAGUUAUGUCAAAACAUUGUGCUGAAGGAUGGUAGUGUAGUAGGACUUGACAUGGAGUGGCCGCCUACAUUUGGCUGUAUUGCAACUCAGAAAGUUGCUCUGAUACAGCUUGCAGUUUUUGACCAGGUAUUCUUAUUAGACCUCUGUGCAAGCGGAUUCUGUCAACACCCAGAUACUGUUAAUUUCAUCAGGAGCUUGUUCUCUAUGAAAGAUGUUCUUAAACUGGGUUAUGGUAUGUCAGGGGAUCUCAAAUGUGUUUUGGCCACCUGGCAGCAGUUUUUAGAGGAGCCAUUGAAGAUGGAGGGGAUGCUUGAUCUUCUUAAUGUACAUCAGAAGAUCCAGCGUAGUCAUGUCAAGAGGACUCAAAAUGGACCAAAAGAGGUGCUGGUAGGAGAGGACUCUGCCGAGAAAGGCCUCAGUCUGCUGGUACAACAGGUCUUGGGAAAGCCCCUGGACAAGGCAGAGCAGAUGUCCAACUGGGAGAAACGGCCACUGCGCAUCAGCCAAAUUAGAUAUGCAGUGGCAGAUGCCUGUUGUUUGCUGGAGGUGUACUCCGUCCUCUCCAGCAACCCAGAGUGCUUUGGGCUACCGGCUGACCUGCACAGCAUCUCUUUAAGCCAAUCAGAGAAGAGUGGAGAAAAGAAGCAGAAGGAGAAACAGGCUGCGCAGAUGAAACAGAACCAUGGUGAAGAGGAAUGUCAGGGGGCUCAAAGGGUCAGACCCCCUUGCUCUGACACAGAAAAAGACCUCCUGUGUGGUGGGAAGCCCUCAGAAGACACCCCCCCUCUGCCCCCACAGCAGUUGCGGGUGGUGUGUGACAACAUGCUGCAGGGACUUGGGAGGUACCUGCGCUGUUUAGGAGUCGAUGUGAUCAUGUUGGAGAAUACUGACGAUCACAGAGUAGCUGCAAAGUUAGCACAAGCUGAAGGCCGUGUCAUACUCACCUGUGGACAACCAUUCCAGACUUUACGCUCCCAAGUAGGUGAGGGUCGCUGCCUGUCCCUCGACUGUACAGAGAAAGCCAGGGACCAGGCGGUUCGAGUCCUCAGACACUUCAACAUCCAGCCCACUCCCAAUGAUGUAUUCAGCCGCUGCCAAGCAUGUAACAGUGAUCAGUACGUGGCAGUGCCUGCAAAGGACAUGGUCAGGAUGCUUAAACAAAAGGGAUUUUUGCAGGACCAGGACAACGCUGACCACAUACGACAACAGGAUGAGGAGAUGACCCCCAGUGUGACCCCUGACCUCCCCAGGUAUGCCCUUCAGUGUCAGUGGGCCCCCCUUUCAGAUCUGGAUCCCGACACCCUGACUUUUCCCGGGGGGGCAUCCAUACAGCUCCACACCGUGCCUCCCAGCCUCCUGUCGAGGAUACCACUCUUCUACGUCUGCACCAGGUGUGGCAAGGUGUUCUGGGAAGGCUCUCACUACAGCCGUGUCCUUUCCAUGUUUGAGGAGGUCUUCCACAUAGCAGAAACUGAAUCAGCUGCAGUGUCCGUUACAGCAGCUCAGCGUGACUGAUAUGUGUAGAGCUGCUAUAAUUAAUUUGACACAAGUAACUGACAUUUCUUUUAAAACCAACAUUCAGAUUCAUCUUUUAUACAUUUACCAUGCAGUCCAAUUAAAUCACCUCUUAUACAGUGCAUGCAGUUACAUCUUUUGUCUUCCUAAAGUUCUUUUUAAUUGUAUAAGGUUUCAUUGGUUUCAAAUUCAGUCAACCAAAGACAGUGUUCUCACGUGGUUAUUUUUUGUUGUAUUCACCGUUAUAAGAUGGCACAUCCAUCGUGAUUUACAUUUUGGAUCCUAUUGAAAUCAUCUGAAUUGUAAUACAUUUAUUCCUCAAGAACUCUUUCACUCAGCUGGGAAUCAUAUCAUCAGCCUACAGAGUGCACUAAGCAAAUGUUGGUCCAUUUAACACUUUCUGGGGUCGUAUUUUGUGGCAUCUUUUUAAAAAUUUCAUUUUUGAUUUAAGAGCUGCAUUUAAAUGAUAACAGGACUCGUUUUCUUUGCCUUUUUAGCAGUUCAUUGUGCUUUAGCAGUCUGUGUUUACAUUUGUGUAACUUUCAGUUAUUUAGCUGGAAGGUGAAUAAGUAGUAAUAAACAGAUUUUCAUGUAAUAA